UUCCACUAAAUAGCGUUCAUGGGAUUGAGUUGCGUUUCCACUCUUCCUACAAAACUGUUCAUGUCACCAUUUAAUGGAGCUGGGGGUUGAAACAAGGCGAGCAAGACUCGUGGAAGAAAUACGCACUUUGCUGUAAAAACAGCGAAAGUUGAUAACUUUAAUGGUAAUAAAAUGUGGAAUUAAAACUACAAACCCGGAAAGUGGUAACGCAGAUGAAAAACGUUGAGGAAGGAAACGUCGCUAAGUAGUCACGGUCAUAUUGACAUGUUUAUCUGGUAUAAACGUUGAAAAGUUAACUAAGCGGAAUUCUAAUGGCAGAACUGUAGUAAAACGUGUUAGUCGCGUAUCCUACAGUGCGAGAGUUAAAAUGAGAACUCCUUCUAACCCACAGAGCUGGGAUGUUGUGUACCCAUGACUGGACAAAAUUAUUUACUAUAAUUACUGUCAAGCAACACCCUCUGAGCCCCUUGUUUCUUUAAAAGCGGGGGACGAGGGCUUCUGCCAAAACUCUGGGCGCAGAUGCGAAACUCAGUAAUCGACUCCAGCGGCGCCGCGCUCAGCCAAACCGAGUGGGAAAGGGGGGAAGACCGUCAGCCUGUCGUGUUUUCAGACAGAGGGAAAGAGAUGUCAAAACCGAGCUUUCUGCUGCUGCUGGAGGUGUGUGCCCUUGCUGAGGUGCUCGGACUGACCGGCGAAGUAGUAGUGAGGGUCCCAGGAGCUUUCUUGAGCUGCUGUAGCUCCUCCGGGCAGUGUGCAGCAGCACUGAGGGCUGUGGACUGGAGUCCCCUUGAGGAAGGGUCUGGGCCUCCUGAGCAGAGCGGCUACAAUGACGUCGUGCCGGAUGAGUCCGAGGCCCCCCCCCAGCUGGACUUUAAGACGCCCCGCUGGUGCCACACCCUGACCAUCUCGAAUGGGGAGGCCACCUGCUUUUCCCCCCGGGGGGGCAACUACCAGAGCACCCUGGGGACGCGCUGCGAGCUGUCGUGCGACCAAGGGUACCGCCUGCUGGGUCGAAGGUCGGUGCAGUGUUUGCCCAACCGUCGCUGGUCAGGGACCGCCUACUGUCGGCAGAUCCGAUGCCAUGUGCUGCCGCUGAUCUACUAUGGCACCUACACCUGCACCAGGAGUGUGGCCAUGGGCUCGCGCUGUGAUUACACCUGCUCCCCUGGGUACCAGCUGGAAGGCGAACGCUUUCGGACCUGCCUGGAGUCCGGGCGCUGGAGUGGCACAGAGCCCACAUGCGUGGACCGGGACCCCCCGAAGAUAAAGUGCCCGUAUUCCCGGGUGAAGGUGGCAGAGCCUGACAAACUCACAGCCAAGGUGACCUGGGACCCCCCUGCGGUGAAGGACACGACCAACCCUUCUGUCACUGACGUAACGCUCAUAGGGCCGGAGCCAGGAUCUGAUUUCACAGAGGGAAUUCACGUCAUCCGCUACAGAGCGUACGACCAAGCCAGGAACAAAGCUGCCUGCAAGUUUAUUGUACGAGUGGAAGUGCGGAGGUGCCCUGCUCUCAAGCCGCCGAUUCACGGGUACCUGACCUGCUCCUCGGAUGGGAACAACUAUGGCGCCACUUGUGAAUACUCGUGUGAGGGGGGCUACGAGAGGAGGGGCCCCCCCACCCGUGUCUGCCAGUUCAACCACGGCUGGGCAGGAACGGCUCCAGUCUGUGUCCCCAUGGAUUUCAACACCGAGGUGACCACCGCUGCCGCCCUGCUGGACCAGUUCUACGAGAAAAGGAGGCUGCUCAUUGUGUCCACGCCCGACAACUCAGACGAGAACUACAAGCUGCAGAACAUCAUGCUGCAGAGUGCCAGCUGCGGCCUGGACCUGCGGCAGGUGACGGUGAUCGAGCUGCUGGGGCUUCCUCCGCGGGAGGUGGGCCGCAUCAAGGACCGGCGCCUGACGUCCCAGGCCAUCGAGGAGCUCAGGCAGGUGCUGCGGAUCACCAGGGCUUACUUCAGCAUGCUCCUGCUGGACAAACAGGGCAUCGACCGCGAGCGGUUCAUAGCCCCCACCACCUCGGAUGAGGUCUACACCUUCAUUGACACCUACAUGCUGAGCGAGGAGGAGCGGGACCGGCUGGAGAAGUACAAGGACUACUGCGACUGAGCAGAUGGCAGCCCCUGGGCCCCGAGCACCACACUACCUCCCCAGGACAGGCUGCAGUCCCCCCGGGGACCAGGGACAGAAGGCUUUCUUUCCGCCACAGUACCUGGGACCAGAAGCGUUCAGAAUCUGCAGCUCCUACACCCAGUGCUACAAAGUCAGAUUGCAGAUGCCAGACUAGUGCUCAAGCAUGUUUUAGGUCAUGAGAAUUUCCUUAUCGGGAACAGUGGGCAUUAGAUCCUCAAUAAGUCAGAUCCUGUUAAUAAGAACUAAACUGCUAAUCUAAUCUAAGGGAGUGUUGGCUGUCACCCCUUCACACCCACGACACCUGUUUUACCAACUACUGCCUCAGACCUGCAGCAUUAGACAUAAAAUAGUAAAAAAUAAGGACAGUGGAGCAGAGUGUAAUCAAAACGAUAUUUAUUAAAGCAUUCUUUUUAAGAUAAAUGAUAAAAUUAGUUUUUUAAAAAAUAACUCCUCUUCAUCAUGACCCCGCUGUAGAAGUACAGCCGGAUGUUCUGCCCAGCCUGCAGUCACGAGCUGCAGGCAGGAAGUGAGCAUCAAAGGUCACUUCCUGUGUGGCUCUUCCCUGCACAUUUUAAAGUCAAAACACCGUCACUCAGAUUACAAACAUUUAAAAGCUUUUCCAGAUUUAGAAUCCGAUCGCCUUCUGUCGUAGUGGCACUUUGCUUUCAGAAGUUAAUGCUUUAAGUUUUAUUUGUGCAUUUGUGAACAAAAUUUUGAAUGCAAUGAUUGCACACAAUAAUUUUGGCAAAUAUUUCUAAAUAAACAAAUCCAAA